AUGGUUGAAAGAGCUGUGAAAUUGAAAAGUGUGAACCCUAUUUACAUCGGAUGGGCAUGUCUGUUGCAGUUUUUGGGUCUGUCACAGAAGGGCUUCUUACUGAACAAGUUUCAGAUGCCAAGUAUGUGGUUUCAUCAUGUCAGACAGACUCCAGACGGCAGUGGGCUCACUAUUGCUCUAAAUUAUUGGUAUGACAUGCCUUUUGAUAUUAAGUAUGCUUACUUCAACUUCUUGCAAUCAAUUCAUUACUCGUCACCACUCCAUACUCCAACACUGGAUGGAUUGAAACAUGAGGAAUCGUGUUCUUAUGCAUGUACAUGCAAUUCAAUGAAGGAAUUGAAUGCGAAGACAUAUCCAGCAAGUGAGGAUGCUACAGACGGCUUGAAUAACAGUAUGAGCUAGCCAUGGUGGUUUUCUCUUUCUAUGCUCUUUGGUGUGGGGAAGCAAGGGAACUUCAGGAUUGAAGACAAGCUCGAUUAGGAGCUUCUUUCAUUUUAUGGUCAAAUUCCAUAACAGAACUCGAAGAAUCCAGUCUGCUGAUUGAAGAUGAUGGGAGCAAAUAGAGGUAUCACUUCAUAAUUCAUUUGCAGGAUGAGCCCCGUAAUAUAUUUUUGACCAUUCUGUUUCACUGUGUUGUGAUCCUUCUUAACCAACAAACGGAGGAUCAGUUUGGUUCAUGGAAGAAGUGACUGCUUUCAAACAAUGUAACCUUGUAUCACCAAAACCAGUUGAAAGGAAAUAAGAGAAAACAAAGGAUGAUUCAGUAGAACUUGUCUUUAGGUAUUAUGUAUGCUAUGUAUGAGUUACAAUGUGUGUUUUGUAUGCUUCCUUCAUCAGAAACAAUAAG